AUGGACUGCAGUACUGCCAAGGAGAUGUGGGAUAUCCUCGAAAGAUUGUGCAUCGGAUCAGAGGAAAUUAAGGAGAACAAGCUAUCCAUAGCUUGUCAAAAGUUUGAUUCAUUCCUAAUGAUAAAAAAUGAAUCAGUCGAAGAGAUGAAGUACAGGUUCAAUCAAAUACUGAACGAGGUUCAGUCUAUCUCAAAAGAUAAAUAUACUCAACGAGAAAUCAACCUGAUGAUUCUUCGUGUUCUUCCACAAGGCGAUUGGCAGAUCUAUUCUGUCGCUCAUCAGAAGACAAAGAAGGCCGGAAUAUCAGAUAAAGACGCUCCAUCAGGUUCGAAGGGGGCUGCACUGAAAGCUUCAUCGAAGGAUACCAAGAAGCAGUCAAAGGAGUCGUCUAAACUGAAGCCAGAAGAAUUUUUCAGUCAAUACGCACUACUAACUGAAAGAUUCAACAAGAUGGAAACAAAGUUUCGCAAGUACAAGAAGUUCCAUAAGAGGAACUACAAAGGAAAGGAGAAGGAGUUCAAACCUAGAUACUCCAACAACAAGAGUGAAGAGAAGAAAUCACCCACUCCCGAGCUCAAAGAUGCGGAAUGCUUUGGAUACGGAAAGAAAGAGCAUUGCAGAACUGAUUGCCCUGAACUGUCACACUCAGAGCGGAUAGAACUUCAUGCUAAAAGAGAUCGCAAGUACGGAAAGAAGAAGGCAAUGGUGGCUGGAGAAACUGAAGACUCUAGAUCUUCAACUGAAUCAACAUCCAACAAUUCCACCAAUUCAGAUGAUGAGAGCCAGGCCGUCAUGGCUAAAGAUGCUGAAAGCGUGGCUGACAACUCCUGCAACAGCUACGACAAUAGAAUGAAUGGGCCUGAGGUAAAUUCUCACUCUAUAACUCUUAAUACUGAUAACUCCUUCUUGUUUACAGGAGAAAACUCAGAAUCCAAAGGCUCAACAAUCGACGAAGUUGACGAGUAUGAUCAGCUCAUGACUGAUCAUCGACUCCUAAGGUCAAUGUUCGAGAAUCUCCUACCACAGAAUCAAAAAUUGGAGAAGGAAAUCAGUGAGGAUCAGUCCAAGAAGGAGACAAUCAAGCUCUACUAUCCAUAUGAGAAUUGCCUAGACGAAUUGAUCAUGGAGAACAACCAACUGAAGACAAGUGUCAACACCCUUUAG